AGGUCAAUUAACUCGUGGUAGAAGAAAGAUUAGGGGCCAUGUGCCCUGCCUUGUACGCUAAGAAAAACACGUGUGCAAAGGAGAAGACGUCAGAGAUGGCGAAUCUGCUUCUUCGAGCUACCAUGUGUCCGCCAUUGCAGCACCAGCUCCAGCUCCGCUCUCUCUCCAAAACCUUGACCUUUCUCUCUCCUCUCAAUCCAUUUCACACGCCCGCCGUCUUCCGGCGAAAAAUGUCGGCCAAAUCGCCAGCCCUGACUCAUUCUAUUACUCUCGCUUCUCAACUAGCUCGCCCCGUUCGAAUCGUCGCUGCUCCUGGUGUAUCCGAUUUGGAAUUCUGGAGCGCCAUAGAUUCAUCUUUGUUCAAGCAGUGGUUGAAGAACAUCGAAAGUGAGACUGGGAUUUUGUCUGGAGGUGACUUGUCUCUAGAACAAGUCUUAAUUCAGGGAGUGGAUAUGUUUGGAAAGCGCAUUGGGUUUCUCAAAUUUAAAGCAGAUGUUCUUGACAAAUCUACUGGCAAAAAGGUUCCAGGUAUUGUUUUUGCCCGAGGACCGGCUGUAGCCAUUCUGAUUCUUUUGGACUCAGAAGAUGAGACUUAUGCUGUUCUCACUGAGCAGGUUAGAGUCCCAAUUGGUAGGCUCGUUUUGGAAUUGCCUGCUGGAAUGUUGGAUGAUGACGAGGGUGAUAUUGUUGGGACUGCAGUUCGUGAGGUUGAAGAAGAAACUGGUAUAAAAUUAAGUGUAGAAGACAUGAUAGACCUCACAGCCUUCCUUGAUCCAUCUACUGGACGCAGUGUUAUUCCUUCUCCAGGAGGGUGCGAUGAAGGAUUAAGCAUGUUUCUAUACAGAGGGCAGGUUGAUAAAGGAGUUAUUGCGCAGCUGGAAGGCAAAGAGACAGGUCUCCGUGAUCAUGGCGAGCUGAUCAAGGUCCGUGUUGUACCUUAUGCUAAAUUGUGGCACAUGACAGCUGAUGCAAAGGUUUUGAUUGCCAUUGCUCUGUAUGAAAUGGCCAAAAGAGAAGGUCUCUUGCCUCCUCCCAAAGUCUAAAUUCGCCACUCUUUUGGCUAUCUUACUCAUUGACUCCGUCCCGGCUAACUUUCUCGAGCUCCGAUGAUUCAUAGAAUCUAUCUUACCCUUCCAAUGAAAAUCAUCACGAAGAAUAAAUUGCAAUCUUUUUUUUUUUUUUGAUACUAUUGUAAGGGUGAUAUGAUUUGAGCAGAUAUUUUGAUACUAUUUGGUCUAGAAAAUGACAUGUCUGAUUAGUUAUUUUUCACAGAACAUGUUGAUUCAAUUCUUACAAAGUAGGAGCUCUUGGCUUAUCCA